CUCUCUCUCUUUGAGGGGAGUCGGAAGUGGGCGAGGUUUUGCACACCUCUGGGAUGCUGCUGCCGGACAGCGUUUCAUCACAUUUGUAGCGUAUGCGUCUUCAGGGAAGCUUCAGGACGAGCCGGCGUCACGGACCCGCUUUCCUCGAUGGCUGAACCGGAUUGUAGAAGCGAAGUGCCUCCGAAAUAUGAAGAGAAUCUGAUUGCUCGGCGAUCACGUCCGGUUUAACCAAACGCCUCACUGGUACCAGUUAAACUUGCUGGUUUUGGAAAGACUAUUAUUUAGUUUAUUAUACAAUGGAAAGUAAUAGUACAGCACGGGUCGGAUCUUUAUUUCAAACUUUAAGGUUUCAUUUCGCCUUGAUGUGCUUGUGCGUUUUAUCAGCUUAUUCCUAUGCAUGUCCGUAUUCGUGUGUGUGUCAGAACACAUCUGUCACCUGCGUGAACUUUACAGAGAUCCAGCUGCCCUUUAAUGUGUGUGGAAGUACCCAAAACUUAAGUUUAAGGGGACACAAUCUCACCAUUUUAACCAAUAGAUCUUUUUCACCCUACGGGACGGAUAUGGACUUGCGCGCGCUCUCCUUGCAGCACAACAACAUACAAGUGAUCAAAAGUUGCGCUUUUUGUGGGCUCCCGCGACUUCGUACCUUAGACCUGAGCAACAACAAUUUAAUAAUCGUGUCUUCCGAGGCUUUUUCCAGUUUGGGAGAAUUGCGUAAUCUUUACCUGAACUACACGCUGAAUGUUUCGGGUGCCGCGCAACUACCCAGCGCGCUUUCGACGGACAGUUUGCGUAAUCUGGAGAGACUGGACCUGGCGGGAAACCAUCUCAAGACCAUCCCACUUUUUGGAUUUGGCAACCUUAAUUUAAGCACACUGGUGCUGACGAAUAAUAACUUCGAGACGCUGGAUCAAACCAAUGUAACAAACUUGAACAAACAAAAGGAAAUACGCGUUUACUUGUCGACGAAUCCAUUCAAGUGCGACUGCCAACUGCACAAUUGGUUGAAGAACGACUUCCAGUGCGCAGACGCGAGCGGCGUGGUCUGCGAGCAACCUGACCACUUGAAAGGACAGGUCGUGGUGAAACUUGGAAAGGAGCUGUGCGGGAGCAAAGAACUGGCGGCGGUUUCUUACGUGUUUCUCGGUAUUGUGUUGGCCCUCAUUGGAGUUGUGUUCCUCAUGGUGUUGUACCUGAACAGGAGAGGCAUCAAGAGGUGGCUCAAUAACAUCAGAGAGGCGUGCCGGGAUCAGAUGGAGGUCUAUCAUUACAGAUAUGAACAGGACUCCGAUCCCAGGCUCGCAAACGUAGCCGUUUAAGUGCAACUUGAUGACUUCGUCUCCUUGAACUGUUUAGGAGUUUGGAUUUCAUUACCUUGCAGUCAUAGCAAACGACGGCUCUUUUUUCAAGGUGUCAUCAGAUAACAAAAUGAACUCUAUUUGACUGUAAAUAUGUGAAUUAGUCUACAAAUCUAACUUAAGGAAUAAAUAACUAUACCCAUUUAUAGGAACAAACAUGGUGUGUACCCUAAAAAUGCUGGAUUGUUUCAAUAAAUAUACGAACAAACACAAUCAUUGAAAGAUGUCCAUAUUUGAAACAACCCAGCACAUGUUUUAUUAAACCCAAUGGUGAGAUUUGUCCAUAUUUUACACACCUAUGGUUGAAACAGCCGUGCAUAAAUACUCAAAAAUGGGCAUUAACAUAUACAGAACAGGUUGAUGUUCAGCUAGUGACGGUAUAUUCAGCGAAUGUUUAAGCGCAUAUAUGCAUUGCUUGAAGGAUUGAUUGAAUAUAAAUGUUUAUGCCCAUAUUGUAUACAGUGCCAAGUUCAAACAAUCUAAAUAGAUCUACAAUAAGACAAAAUGAGAUUCAACAUUUUUGAUAAUGUUGCAAUCUAUACUGUUAGGAAAAGGUACAAAAGCUGUCACUGGUGUGGUAACCUACCAUUAGGUGUUUUUGAAGUACCACUGUCUACCUCUGAGGAAACAUUACCUUUGAGGUAUUAAUAUGCACCUUUUAGAUACAAAAAUGUCCUUUUUGAAAAGGUACCACCCAGUGGCAGUGUUUGUAUAUUUUUGCUGAGAGUGUAUAUAGGCCUUACGAUGUUUGUAUAGAGAAAAAUGAUGUGUGAUUCUGACAUACAUAAACUCUUUGCAUAUUAACAUCUAUAGUGAUUACCUUGUAAUUACAAUAUAGAGCAGUGACAUAAUAAUGAAAGAAUGACUUGCAUCCCCAAUAAAGGUCGA